AUGCGUGUUAUCAUUCGAGAGGACCCCGAGGCCGCAUCGGUCUACAUUGCCGACUACAUCAUCAGUCGGAUCAAGGCCUUCAAAGCUACCCCGACACAUCCAUUCGUCCUGGGUCUGCCCACGGGAAGCAGCCCUGAGAUCAUCUACAAGAUUCUGGUCCAGCGUCACCGGGCCGGGGAGAUUUCGUUCAAAAAUGUGGUGACUUUCAACAUGGAUGAGUAUGUGGGCCUGCCUCGUGACCACCCCGAGUCCUACCACAGUUUCAUGUACAAGCACUUCUUCUCGCAUGUGGAUAUCCCGCCCCAAAACAUCAACAUUCUAGAUGGCAACUCAGCGGACCCUGCUGCGGAGUGUGCUUCCUUCGAGGCGCGCAUCGCACAAUAUGGAGGUAUCGAGCUUUUCCUUGGUGGCGUUGGCCCCGAUGGCCAUAUUGCAUUCAACGAGCCCGGUUCCUCGCUAAGCAGUCGCACCCGCGUCAAGACCUUGGCUUACGACACAAUUCUGGCAAACUCGCGAUUCUUCGAUAACGACGUCAAUAAGGUGCCUCGCAUGGCCAUGACAGUGGGUAUCCAGACUAUUAUGGAUGCCCGGGAGGUUGUCAUUGUGGCUACUGGCGCUCACAAGGCGUUCGCUGUGAAAAAGGGUCUAGAGGAGGGCGUGAACCACAUGUGGACUCUCUCUGCGCUGCAGCUCCACCAACAUCCGUUGGUGGUUUGCGAUCGUGAUGCGACCCUCGAGCUCAAAGUCAAGACGGUGCGCUACUUCGAAUCCAUCGAGCAGGCAGGCACCGAUGCUCGUACGCAGGGCCCGGCUCUGGUUUACCGCCCUCGCACUUAUGUUCCCGGCCCAAUUCCAGUCAAGAAGGCAUCGCCCCAACAGCCAACCCCUGAUUCGACCCCGACCAAAGUUCCCAAGGAUCUGCGCAUCAACACCGAACUUCAUCGGACAUUUGACGAUGAACUGACUCCCGACAGUAUGUCUUCGCGUAUGGUAGAUUCUGCUAUCGGAGGUAUCGACGGCACCCUGCACAAUGACCUGCACUUUGAUCGUAUGGGUGCCAGGAUGACCGCUCUUUAG